AUGGACUCCGCCGGUUCGUCGAUUGUGUUUCAGGUGCGCAGCGGCUCGAAGGAGGUCAGUUUCUGCGGCUCGGAGAGCCCCGGCAACGCCCUGCACCUCCUCGACGACGCGGACAGUGACAGUGACUGGAGCUGCACCCUCGGCGCCACGCCGGCGCCGUCGCGGUCCCCCAACCGAGGGGAGCGGGACGGCACGCACGUGUCCGGCGAGGAGUUGCGAGUUUCACCCGUGCCGUCGUCACUCGUUGGGGGUGCCACCGCCGCGGCGCCCCCACGCAGGCAGCCACAACCUGCAGCAGCAGCGGCGGCGGUGCCAAGGCCGUUGCAGGGCAACUGUAGCAACGGGAGCAUGGCGGCGGCGCGUGGUGGCGGUCGAGGGCAGCGGGAACACCCCGGACAACGCGGCGGUGUGGCAAACACGCAGCUGCGCGACACGGUCGCCCCGGUGCCUGUCGUGGUCCCCGCGCCGAGUCGACUGGUGGAUGACAAGAUGGGCGGCUGCAUGGGCAACUGCGGGCUUAAGACUGCGUUCCCGUUUUUUAGAAACCUUCGCCGCAAGCUCGCAUCAAAGAAGAAAAGGAAGAGUAAAGAGGGCGAGGCGGGCAGUGGGUAUGUAGAGGUGCCUGCAGAAGCGACGACGAGGGUAGAGGAAGUGGCAGUGCCGGCGGAUGCCCCACGGCUCAUCCCCGGCGAGGCUCCGUCGCCUUCCGCCGCCGCUGCGUCUGAGCGCAAGGAGGCGUGCGACGACCCGUUGAGGCCGGAGCCACGUGCGAGCUGUACAGAAGUGGAGAGGGACCGCGGGGAACCGCGAGUUCCCGACGCUGCGGCACCGCCUGCUCCGACGCACGGUGGCGCAGCAAAGGGGAAGGAUGUUUCCGAGACACAGGAGGCGGAAAGGCAGGAAGGGACCGGCGGCAGCAGUGCGGAGGAGAAUAUAGAGCAAGCGAGCACAGCCGCCAAAGCCUUGCCAUCGUUAGAGGCAACACCGCCGUUAGCCGCGUCGCCGUCUACCGUGAGCCCGUCACUCAACCUUCCCAGCGUAUCGCCGCUGCGGGAGGCGGAAGCGGUGGGGGAGGGACUCGCAACGCCGAUUUGGCACGCGGACGGGGACUCCGUGCAGGAUGCCGUCCCCCUCCGCUUUGAAUUCGAGGGGCUGGAGGGAGUGGCGGACAAGGAAAAGGAAAAGGAGACGGAGGAAGACGGCAGUGAGCUGGCGUCCCCUCACUGCCUCCCCUUCGCCCCGCUGGAGGGCGAGGCGGCGGGGCUGCCCGGCACCCCCGUCCUCGUCAUCCCCGUCGCAGAGCACUGCGUGCCCUCGCCCUCCACGGCCACCGGGGCCUCCGCGAGCCCCGCCACCAAGACGACGACGGAGGAAUUCCGGCGAGAAGCGCCGGUUGGCGCAUUCAGUCUGGAGGCACGCGAUAGUGGCCGGGAGGCUAAAUGCCUCUUGGCGGGGGCCGCAGGAACGCCCACGCGUGCGACACGGCGGAGCAUGAGCGGCAAGCGUGCUGCCUCGCAUGCCACAACCUCAGCGCUUUUUGUGAGUGGAAGCACGGGCACGACGCACACGACCCAGCGGCAGGGGAAGUUAGGAGUGGACGAAGAGCAAGCGAAUGAUGGCGGUAGGAGGAAGAGCAACGGAACGAGGUCGCCAGCGGCGGUGAAGGCGGCCUCGGCAGGCAGCCACGCGGCCUCGUCUCCCUCCACGGGGCGCACCGCCAGCAGGUCGGUUGUACGACGGGCGCUGCAGCAGCAGCAGCAACAACGGCGAGAGAGCAGCAGGGCCGCCGCCGCCGCCGCCGCCGCCGCCGCCCGACAGGCGGUAGCGGCGAGGAGGAGUGUGCCAAAGUCACGGAGGACGGCAAGGCCGGCGGAGGUCGAGGCCUCAAUAAGAGGCGAAAAGGGCGCUGAGCUGCAGGUGAAUAACAGGGACGGCAGCAAUAGUUCUCGUGAGGGGAGUGGUGUUUCUCCUGGUGGGGGUUCGUACGCAAGGCUAGCUGAGAAGCGGCGGGAAUACAUGCAGGCGGCAAAGUUCGCGGCCACCACCUACAGUACCGCCACCAGUCAUAGCAGCAACGAUGGGAACAGGCAGAAGGUGCCUACUGGCAGGCCAACAUGUUCCGCCUUCCGAGAACCCGCCGCCGGGGUAUGCCUCUCGCAGGAGAUGCUGCAGGAGGGGGAUGCAGCCUACUGGCGGCGCCUGGCUGCUCUGCUGCGGGCGACUGAGAAGAGAGGGGAAGGGCAAACGGAGGUCGUAGCGGUGGGGCGCCUAAUUGGGACGCUGGCAGCCCGGCGUUCCCCCUACGCCGGGCUCACCUGGCGGGAGUUUAAGGCGCAGUUUUACCUGAGUAAUAGUUUCUCGCUGGGGGCCUCCUCCCCGCCUUGCGCCAAAGGCACCGAGCCGACAACCGAGACGUGGGAGGAUGUUCUUCUGCAGCUCUCCAAACUACUUCGGCCGUCGUGCGCCGCCUGCGGUCCCGACGCCCGUGAGUUGUGGAUGUUGCAAUUACUCUCCAGCGGCGGAAAGGAGUGGACUCUGCGGCAGCCUUCGCGGGAGUGGCUCUACGAGUCCGUCCCGCCCCUCACACAGAGGCCCUCCUCCGCCACCCCACUGCGGCCGCGGCCGACGUCGGCGUCACCCCUGCACGAGGACGCGUGUGGGAGCGGGGAGGCGUCGCACGCCUCGCAGCGCGGGACGACGGCGCGUGCGCUGGAGCACCACAGCCGUGCACCGGACACGGACUGCCUGCACGACGUCGAGGCCACGCCGCACGCGGCGCACCCGCCAGGUGGCUCCACCGGCGACAAGAGCGACAGUGCGGGCGGGACCCUCGCGCAGACCGUCGCCGCCAGGCCGGUUGCGGAGAGGGACUCGGACUCCUCCCGCCACUCCCCGUCGACGACGGCCGACGCCGCGGCGCAGCAGCAGCCGGGCGCCUCGUGUGCGCCGUCGCCCUGCGAACACGCCUGCCUUGACCCGGAGGCGAUUCGUAGAAGAAUGGCCGAGCUCGACGAGAUGCUCGCGCGGCACGAGGAGGAGGAGGAGGAGGAAGUGGAGGGCGUCGAGAGUCGUCUGGCGAAUGGCUGCGCGAGCACGACGGCACUUCUCCCGUCGGCUGCGGAGCUCGUCUCUGCCGCCGCCGGCGGCGUUGACAAGCCCCAUGACGUGGACGGCGGCAGAGCGCGGGGGGCGGCGGCGGCGGUGGGGGAAGAAGACGCCGCCACUCGUAUGGGCGAGCGAUGGCGUCUGCAGGAGCGGUUGUUGGCCCUCGCCGCCGAGCGAAGCAUGUUGGCGGAUCAGCUGCGCAUAUUCGCCACCUACGAUGAGGCAAAGAGGCAGUGCAGGAAGCCGAGGCCUGUGCGCGGGGCGCGGCCGCCGCAGGCAGAUUCCGCCCCCGCAGCCUAG